AUGGGAGUGGCUGACACACUGGAGGAUGGGUCUGCGAAGGUCCGCGUAGACGAGCCAGCUGUCGGCAGGGAGCUGCAGCGCAGCCAGUUGUGCCUCACCUGUCAGCAGGGGAAGGAGGCGUGCUGCACGCUGGUCCACCGGCCAACCCCACGUCUCUGCUGCCUGCUCGAUGAGCCCGACGAAGGCUUCCGGCUACAACAGCUUCAAGUAACAUCUGCUCCUACACCACCCCCUCCACCUACUGCUCCUCCAGCUCCUGCUCCAGCCCUCUUCAAGGAGCUGAGACUUCCCGCCCCACAGCCAUAUGAUGGAGAAUCAGAGGACCUGGAAGGAGGUGCUGUAAUUCAAGAUUCCUCUCCCAUAUUGGCAUUUGAUGAUCAAGUGCGGCAGAGACACUUAUACACAGACAGUAAACACCACAGCUUGUUUGUUGAGAUUUUAUCCAAUGGCACAGUGUCAGCAGCUCAAAGUCAGACACCUUACACGGUCCUAGAGCUAAAAGCUGUAAAACCAGGUUACACAGCGAUUCGGGGUGUGAUGUCAUCUCUGUACCUGUGCGUGAAUGCAGCUGGUCACUUAUUUGCUCUGGGUGUGUUUCUGGAUGCUGACUGUUCCUUCAGUGAGAUGUUACACCCUGAUGGUUACACUCACUUCCUGUCUGCCUACCACAGACUUCCUGUGUCCCUCAGUUUUAAUGGUUCUCCUGAGAAACGCACGCUAACCUUCUCUCAGUUUCUACCACUUAGAUCCCAUCUGUUUAUGGAGAAACAGGGAUAUGCAGAACCAUCUAGUUUUCUAACAGCCACAGAUUUCGAUUCAGAUGAUCCUCUAAGACUGACAAAAACACAUGAGAACCUGAGAAGUCAAUUGUUCCACAUUGACCAAGAAGAACGCAGAUCACAACCUGAGGAGUUGUUAUUUUAA